AUGGCCGCCUUCCGUCAACGAAUCCCGGUCAUGAAUGGCGUUGAUUCCCCUUGCCAAUUUCAAAGCUUGCGAACUCACGAACGUGCAGAACCAGGCGCACCCUGGAAACUCGCCGAGAUGAACCAAGCCGGGGAACGGCUCGACCAAGCGUCGCGCGUAUCUGAACAGGGAUUCAAAGAGCAGCUUGAAGGGCCCUGA